AUUAUCGAAUUGAAGCUCUUCACAUCAUUCUGUGCAAAGAUUCAUUUUAAUUUGUAUAAAAACUGAGAGUUAAACUCAAGUUUGCGGUUUCUAUAGUUUUGGUGUGCACAUAAUUCAUUUAUUGUUUUUUAAAUCGCUUUACUCAAGCAAUUCAAUUUCUUAUGAUAAAUGUGAAUGUGUUCCUUUCUUGCCUAUCACAAAGGACACAAAGAUACCCGGCUCCUUAUCGAGGUCACUGCACUCGGCGACAAUCAAUUUGAAUAUUUUUUGUUAUCAAGCGUCUAUAGUUGCAGGAAGGAUAUUCGAUAUUAGCGAGAAAUACACAACGAGUCUUAGUCGAAAUUGCUUGUCAAAGGAUUACAGAAUUUACAGGACAUAAAUUCGUGUUCCGACAUCCAAAAUGAGUGACUCAGAACCUGAAUCAAACUGGUGGACUGAAUUAAAUCGUGAUAGGAGCAAACCAAAGUUUAAAUUCAACGGAGAACUAUUUCAACUUAUGGUUCAUGAAGUGUUCCUACCGAAAAAACUUCCCGAUCACUACGAUGCAAUGCAAGCGUAUCAUCAUGAAUCUCUUAUGCUUGCUUUAAUGGCUGACAUCAUCCAAGAUUUGAGCAACGAAUUACCCAAAUCAACCCACAAUCUGUUCCAAACCUGGUCGUUUCUCCAAUGUCGUCAGUAUUUGGAAGUGCCAGAAACGCAAAAUGCUAUAGCGUCAUUGCAAAGUGGCGAAAUGAUCGCUCUAUAUAUUCGGGAACAGAACUGUGGUUUUUGCCUUUACAUUCCACGUGAUCGUAAUUGCGGAAACAAGGCCAUCGUUUCAGCGUUUCCAGCUUCACUCGAAAAUUCAAUUAUCAUGUCGAGCGAGAAUGAUCCUCAGAUGUCUUUCCCGGCGAUUUCACUUUCGAUUCCCUUCGACAACUUCGUUAAAUCAAUUCCAUUCGCCGAGCAAUUGGCAUUGCUGGAUCAGUAUCAAUUUGAAAGAGCAAUGCCGAAAGCUAAGAAAUCAGGAAGCGAUGUGACCGAAAUCCGUGACGUUGCUGAUCCCAUGUACGUGUCCAAGUGGCUGUUAGCAUUUCUCACAAACGAAGAUUCGAAUGUGGUGACUGGACACGAUUUCCCAAGAACCGUAAAGAAAGUUCGUGAUGAUGUGAUAUUCAAAGGCGGUGAUUUGCCAUACAGAAGAUCUGGUUUAUGGAUGACAAUGAAAGUAGCGUUGCGAUUGAAUCUCGAGACAGAAUUUGAACGUGAUAAGGCGAACUGCAUAUACAAAAUCAUUCAAAUCCAUUUAACAAGUAAAAUGUGCGAGUACGUGCUGUCUAGUAGGACAAUCGAUGCUAGCCUUGCUAUGGAAAUGGUUGCUAAAGUUGCACGCAGACUUGAUAAACUCGCCACGAAACUUGGAACAUCAUUGGAUAAAUUCGAUUUCGAAUCACUAUACCGGUCGGUGACUAGCAACUCAAAGGAUGUCAUAUUUAAAGUGCGCGAAAGAGUGAACGAAGAAUUCAUCAAAUUGAGUCGUCUUGACAGGCUGACGGCGUUACUCAAACCACUCGAUGACAUAAAUUUUCAACGUGACUCGAUUCACAAAAUUCCGAGUCUUAAACAGUACUUGGGAUCGAGAGUAAGCUCAACCACAUCGUCAACUGCGAAUCACUUACUGGAACCGCAACUAAUACUGAGACAUCGCGUGAACUCUCUCGAUUUCCCAAACUUUGACUUUUUGAAAAUCAGUACCGAAGUCAAUACCACAAUUCUGCUGGCCGAUGUCGAACGCUGGAUCUGGGAAAAUUGCAGCAAAUGUACUGCAGAGCAUGUUUUAAGCCUUCGAGAUCUUGCUGUUAAUUAUGGAACGGCAGCCAAGAAAUAUUAUGUGGAUGAUCCGUUGGGUGGAAGCCGGAUGAUUUUGACGAUUUUACAGAUCAUUCGAGCCCUGGAUGAAAUAGCCACCGACGAGUAUUCCCUAUUGGAGGAACAUCACAGCGGAAUUAACCCGAAGAUAAUUGAAGAUUUACUGUUACCGACACGUGAGCAGUUAAAAGUGGCAUCUGGCUUGGAAAUCUAUUUCAAACAACGUAAUUCUGAAACGUCGUUUCCUGCACUGAAUGCUGAGUCAACAGUUUCGAAAGAAUCGUUCGCUUCCCGCUAUGCCCAAACUAAUCCUGAAAUGACCGAUUUACUGCAGACAAUUUUAGAUGCAGAGGAGGAAAGAAUUGAAGCCAAAAUGCUAGAAGUUUCGAAAGCUCGGAUGAAGAUAGAGCAAUGGAAAAAGGAAGCGAAAAAUUUGCAGCACGAUUUCAUAAAAAUUUGGGCAACUGUUGAGUACCGGACAGUACACAAUCGUCAUUGCAAGCUCUGCAAAUUGCAAAAGAAUUGGACCAAAUGCUCCGUUGAGAUAUACGAACGUUCAAUAAGUCGUGACGAAGAUUGUCAAUACGCCAUUGCUUUUGAACUGUUAAUACCGACCGAAAUCUCGUGUUUACGUGACGUACUUCAAUUCGCCGCAGAAGAAUUUUUUUUCACAUCGAGUUCAAAACUUAGCAUCAGAGGCGAUUGGAUCAACUACGAACAGAUUGCAUGUCACAAAGAAGAAUGGGAAAGACGUGUAAAUUUGGGCAGUUCGUGCAUACUCUUUAUGAAGUCACAUUAUACGAAGAAACUUCAUGCCGAUUCAGAUGAUAAAGAUUUUGUCGUCAACAACGGAUACAACUGUGUCUACUAUGCUUCCAGUAGUGGUAACGACAAGGACGACGGUAUCGAAUUAGCAAAUGAAAUCGAGAAGCAAACGAUUAAACGAUUUUGCACAUUCAACGUCGAUCCGGAAUCGCCAUACCGAAACCUUCAAUGGACGCUGUCGAGUACAAAUCAUUCUCAAAACGAGGUAUUGGCUAGUCAAAGUAGCUGUCCCAUGGAAUUGAACUUGUCAGAAUACGUUGCAUUUGGAUCACUUCGGUCGGAUGGAUGUCGUUUACAAAUGCGCAAUAUUUAUCGAGCUCUCGCAACGGAAACACUAUCGUUUGAAAAGCAAUCGGUUGCAGCACUUGUCUUUCAAGCAUUGUGGCAGGCAGGACCGAAAUCGGAAAAUCAUUGGCUUCGCGAGUCGUAUGAGGACCUGGCUGACGAUAUUUUUGCGUCUGAGAUGCUUGAUUUGCUUUCAAAAUAUCUGUCGCUGCAGCAACACAAUUGGAAACAUCCGCUAAAAGUUAUGGUUGCGAUACUGAUUGUCGUACGAAUUGUUGAGCUCAACGAUAAUGAUUCAAUUGUCACAACCGCCGUCAACCUAUUACUGUUCAGUCGAUCCAUCUGCGAUGAUUGGAUGAACCGGAUUCAGAAAGCAAAAUCUGAAUGUGAUUUUAAAGAACAAGACCAAAUUCAAAGUCUGCGCACAAAUAUGGUGGACGCAGGAAUAUGCUGUGCAUUGACAUUCGCAGUGAAUCCAAAAUCGAAAGCCUUUCCUCAAAUAUGGCAAUCAAUAACCACAAAUUCAGCUAUCUAUUACUGGCUCAGCGCCGUUGUCAAUGUAAAUAACAACAUCAUUUUGAGUACGAUGGAGAACAGUGAAUUUGACAGAAUACGUCGAACAUUCCUACGUCAAAUUUGGGUCACUGGUGUAAAUUCCGAAAAACUAUUGCUGCAACAAGUAACUAAAGAUUGCUCAACUGAUGUGAACCGGUUCGUGGCAAGCCAAUGGACUGGCGUACGAAAUGGAGUUUUUACGAAGUGGUCAUCAUUUCCUGAAGUUCAGCAAGUUGUUCACACCGAAUUGGUCAACAGAGAAGAAGGUGUGCAAACCAAUUACGUUCAGAUCGACAUCAUUGCUGGAACGUUCCUCGUCAAUGGCAUGCCAAUAUCCAAUCUACCAGAUUCCAUUGUAAAUAAUGAUUCAUUUAAGAGAACGUUUGGGUCAACUUGCUUUGAAGUGCAACCGAAUCACAGUGGAAUAUUUUGUACCCGUUACAAGUAUAAUGACUGCAGUUACCAUUUCAAGCUAGAAAAGGAUGAAGUUAUUGUGAAGGAAGUAAGAACUGACGGCGAUGUAUACGAACUGAUUCCAAUUAAUAAAUUCGGGAAAGAUAUUCCCUACGUUCUGCAACACAAAUACAGCCAUUGGUGGAAUCAAAAAACAGAAGUUAUCGAAUUCCGACCACUUCAUUUUAACGUCCAUAAUUUUGCCUCAUCCGACCAAAUUCAGUUUGAAUUGAAUCUGGACACCAAAUUGCUUUUAGAACUAAAGACAUCCAGAUGUGUCAUCGACAGAUUGAGCAGCAGUUUUGUCAAGAUUUCACAGCAACUUGCACGAUUGGAAAGCGAGAAAUAUAUAAUUGCCGUUAUGGAUGGACCCGAUGACAUCAGCAUCGAGCUACCACGCAUGAGAAUUCAGUUCAAACUGGGAGCGUCCAACGAAAUAAUGUCACAUGAAUAUGUCGGCAUGAAAGUAUGCAGCGAUCAGAAAAAGUUCGGAACUUUGUUCGGUCUGCGCAAUGGCUUACUGUUGGAGCAUCAGAACAGUCGUGAAAUGUUGGUGAUUAUGCCGCAUGGAAAAAUCGAAAAAGAAAUAGAGAGUUCAACCAACGGUGUAAAUGUUUGGAUUGCCACAGAAGAUUUACGCGACCCACCGUUUUUCAUUUAUGACAUAGACCAUCGAUGUCAACAACUGAAAGCUAGAGGAAGUUUCUCGGAAUGGUUUUAUUUGGCUCACUUGCACGCAGUCACUUCGCAAGUAUUGCCCGAUCCAUUUACUGGCAUGAAAGGCACCGAAAAGUCGUUACAAAUUUUACAGUCAGCCUACUGUUGGUCGUCUGAGCCAUACGACAGUGAGGCAGCGAAAACAUUGAAGCGAAUAAGAAAGUUAUCCGCUACCCGCAGUUAUCAUCCACCACAUCAUACAUCCAUGCAAAGAAUUAAAUGGCCAAAAAAUCUACCACCAUCCUCAUCGCAUGAAGCAUUCGCAAUUGUUGCAAAGCGCCUGUUUCGAGAUAGCGACCGUAUGAGUUUUUUGCAUUUUAAAGAAAAAUUGGAAGAGGAUGAUGACGCUAUGUUCCUGAAUGAACGAUCGUAUCGACGAUAUAGCUGUUACGAUGGAAAUGCUGCUGUUACGAAACAUUUUACAAAAUGUCAUGACGAUUCGAUUGAAGAAGAUCUACCGUCCGAUCACGAUGGCUACUUUACUGGUAGCGAAUAUCACAGUAACACCUCCAGCGAAUAUGUUGACUGUAGCAGUCGAAAUAUCAGUAUCGGUCAAAAUAGCAGUGAUGCAAAUGGCGAUGAUUGUCAUACGGUUAAUAUAAGAAUCAUAACCACUUUAGCUAAGCACGGUCAAUACCAUGUUCCAAAGAACUGCGAGAAUCGUCUUCGUCAAAUGUUGUUCUCCGAUACGAAAUCGUUACAAGGCCGAACGAAUAAAUUAACUGGAACAAAUUUGAUUCGAGAGUUGAAUUCUACACUUCCUGACCUAUGGAUUGACCUCUAUAACAUCGCAUGCGAUCACAACCUUGAUAAAUCCAAAUUUACAUUGGCACUGACGUUAUUGGCAUUGAAUGGUAUCGAUCUAAACGACUUGCUUACUCUUCAAGUUGUCGCAGCAAAUCCAUUGGAUUUUGAACCCAUAAAGUCGCCGGAUGUCUAUCUUUACACCAACAUAACGGAAGAUGAUUUCAAACACUCGACAAUUUCUGAAAUUGUUUCAUCCUGUAUGGUACCACAAGAGAUCUACUUAUCCCAAUUCAAGGAACAAUUCAUGACAGCCAAUGAACACCAGAGACCAUUACUAGUUAGUGCAUACUCUUCCCAAUGGAUCAAAAAGACUGAGUCUCAAGCAGAAGCAAUAAUUCAGCUAAUAGAAAAGCAGUGGCCAUGCGAUGAGUGUGAUUUAUCAACAAUUUACGCACCGGAAAUUCAUAUAGUCGAAGUCAUCGCCAGGAUAAAUCCACUUUUGAAAAGGUGGUACGAGAAUCGACAAUUGAAACUAUUUUUGGCUGAAAUUGGCAAGAAAAUGCGUCAGUUAUCGCAUCGAUCAGUGGAGUUCGAGAGGAAUUUCAAAGAAAUCGUUUACAAAGUUCACUGUGAAAGCAGUCCACCGAAAUACAAAAUCAAUUUUAUGGAAAAAAUUCAUCGAAACUUCGACGACAAUGUUACCGUCGACGACAUUAAAUCAGCGGAUCGACUGUUCCGAAAAGGAGAAUUUGAUGGUGAGGAACUGGAUGCAUUUUGGCAAAGAAUAAAGGACUUGCAUUUACCAACGAAGGAGAGUUUUUUGCACUCGGCAAACAUUUAUCCGCGCCUUGUACCCACACUGAUUUUACCUCAAAUGAUUUCGUCCACUAAUGCAAAUCACAAGACAAUGAUUGGUGCAUUGGGGGUGCUAAUUUCGAACGAUCAACGGGCUGCGAGAAUAAAGAACUUGGAAAUGCAGCCGAAAAUGGAAGUGGCCCUACGUCGUGAAAAAGAGGAAAUUCCAUUCUCCAAUUGGUCGCCGUCCGUUUAUCCGCAAUGGUUGCUGUUUCAAAUUGAAAUGGAUUUAACGAUUCGUGGAAUUCAAGUGAAAGUGGCGAAAAACAUGAUCCAACCGUCGACGAAUGAACAUUCAGUGAUGCAAUUAAACAUGGGAGAAGGAAAAACCGCGGUCAUUGUUCCAAUACUUUGUGCUCUGCUAUCAAACAAAAAACACGUCUGUCAAGUGACCGUACUGAAACCGUUAUUUGAAAGUAACCUAAAGUCACUGAGAAAAUGUUUGGGCGGAAUGUUAAAUCAUCGAGUUUUCGUAUUUCCUUGCCGUCGUGAUAUGAUCUUCAGCGAAGAUAAUGUUCGCCUUCUACUGGAGACAUAUAAAGACUGUAAGAAACUCAAGGGCAUCAUUAUGACAUUACCCGAAUGGCGCUUAUCACUGCAAUUGAAAAUGUACGAGUCAUCACGCAAGAAUGAGUUCGGUAUCUCUUCAGCUCUGCUGCAAAUCCAUAAAUGGCUCAACAAAAAUGUCCGGAACAUUUUGGACGAAUCCGAUGCUAUUUUGAAUGCUAAAUACCAACUCAUAUACACGGUGGGCGAGCAACUACCACUCGACGGUGGAGAGCUUAGAUGGCUGGUCAUUCAGAGCAUCUUGAAAAUCAUUCCGUCGAAUUUAAAAAUCCUCUGGGACAAAUAUGGUAACGAGAAAAUUGAAUUCGACCACGACUUCAACGUCGAAAAAUCUUCGGAAAAGUUCUGUCAUUGCCGCAUCCUGCAUUCGUCCGUGUACGAUGAGCUACAAGCUAACAUUGCAAAUGAUUUCGUCGAGGAACGGACACAGAUUCCAUUUCCAAAAUUGAAAACUUCCGAAAAAGUUCUGGUGAAAGCAGUGCUAUGCGAUAAAUAUGUCGAUCCUACUACAUAUGAUGACUGUAUGAAAAUAUUCGAAGAGUAUCCCGUCCACCAGAAUGUAAUAUUUUUAUUGUCUGGCCUGUUGAAAUUCGAGGUGCUUCAUUUGGUAUUGAGGAAACGAUGGCGCGUCAAUUAUGGUGUAAAUCCGAAUGGUAAACGAAAAAUGGCAGUGCCGUUUCUAGCUAAGGAUGUUUGUGCAGAAAAUACCGAAUUCGGUCAUCCAGAUGUAGCUAUUUGCUUCACAUACCUCAGCUACUAUUAUUCUGGUUUAACGGAUGUCCAGCUGUUGAAUUGCUUUGAUACCUUGACCAAGCUUUCGAAUGGAGACGAAAAAUAUAAAGAAUGGAUUUCCUGCAUGCCCGCACAACGAGUUCAUAAAUCAGUUCGCAAUUACGGGGGCGUUAAUUUAUCGGAUGCCACCCAACGUACAAUGCUGUUCACUUUACUGCGCUACAACAUGAACGUUAUCGACUUUUGGCUGGCCAAUACUGUCUUUCCGAGGGAAGCUAAAAUUUUCGACAUGAAAAUGAUGUGCACUGCUUGGGAUCUAUGUUCAGAGGAAUCGUCAAAUGUCGUUACUGGUUUCAGUGGUACAAACGAUACGAAAUUGCUGCUACCCAAGCCAAUCUGUCAAAAUGAUUUGAAGGAACUCGAAGACACCAAUGAGAAUGUACGCAAAACCAUCGUUCUCGAGGAAAAUGAUAACUACGAGCACUUGCAGUCGAAUAUCAGUGGUCUUGACAUUCUAAAGAAAUUGGUAGAAAAUCGGAUUCCGGUUUUGUUAGAUUCCGGAGCGUUAAUGCUCGAAUUGAACAACGAACAAGUGGCCAAACAUUGGCUGGAUCUAGUUUCGACGGAUCGAUUCGAUGCGGCUGUGUUCUUCAAUGAAAGGAAUAUUCUCAUGGCUGUCGACCGUCAUAAUUGUCUCAGAGAAUUCGAUUGCUCACCAUACUUUGAAAGGCUUGAUAGAUGCGUCGUUUAUCUGGAUGAUGUGCACACAAGAGGUACGGACCUGAAAUUUCCAACCGGGAUCAAAGCCUGCGUAACUCUAUCCGGCGGCAUAACACGUGAUAAAACGGUUCAAGCUUGCAUGCGAAUGCGUUUACUGGGUCAAGGACACACUAUUUGUUUUUGGGCAUCUGAGGAAGCUGAUAACGGCAUUCGAGAACUUACUGAUAAAGCUAAAGCCGAAUCGAUCUGUGUGCGAGACGUGUUCGAUUGGAUUUGUUAUAACAGUAGAGAGUUUGAGAAAGAUGGGUUGGUUCACUGGUCGGUGGCAUCAUAUAAUUAUUCACAAAAAUUGGCUGCAUAUCGAUACAUUGAUGAUGAAAUGAAUGACGCUUGUGCCGGUGGUGGUGACACGCAAAAAUUACUCAAGCGACUUGGCAAUUUUUGCACGGACAAAGAGAUAAUAAAACUGGUUGAUCUUUACGGUGGAAAAAAUGAACUGUCCGUUGUGUCGAUAUUCACCAAACGAUUUUCGAGCCUGAUCGCCCGUUACAGUAAAUUGUCACGUAAGUUGUUCAAUAACAAUGUGGCUCUGGAAACGUUUUUGUCAUCCAACUAUGAGUUCGUUAUCGAAAGGCUCCAAAAAUGUAUUCCGGACAUGAAGCGCUUCUCUCACAUACUGGAUGAAGAACAAGAAAAAGAGCUUGAGUAUGAACUGGAAGAACAGAGGGAGGUGAAGCGACCUGGCGUAGCCAAUCCUGUAAAGCCAGCAGCGGAUGCACUUUUGGGCGAUUUUCUUCGUCAUGGCAUGAAAAAUCGUAAGCAAUGGAGCAACUUAUUGAAUGCAAAAUUGGUGGUACAUCUGCCGAAGGCUUUAGAAAAAACAAGUCUUUGGUCGCUGUUGAGUAAAAAUGAAACGAAGUGGGGUAAAGACAUUUACGCAACAACUGAUUUUGUCAAUGUCGUGGACACACAAAAUAUACAGACAGAUGAAUUCCUGCGACCCGUUUGGUGGAUAGUAUCUGCACAGUCGGCAGAUGAAACUGAAAAAUCGAUUUUUCUGCUAAUGAGCCCGUUCGAAGUCAACCAAUUUCUACACAUAUUUCGUGGAAAUGCAUCUACAACGCUGCGAAUGUAUUCACCUCGGCUGAAGCCCGAUCCGAAUAUCAACACUAUGAUCAAUACCAGAGAGCUACAAAUGCCCUUUGAUUCGCGUUCACCAGAUGUCACCGGAUUCGUCGAGUCUCAAUUGUCCGUCUUUGCCGGAACCAUCUAUUUCGAGAACAAGACGCAACUGGAAAAUUAUUGCACCUUCCUGGGAAUCAUACCGAGUCCGUUCAACGCAAAAUACCAACAGGCAUACGACAAGGGACAAAUCAGCUUGAACGGUUUCGUUCGACCACAAUUUCGUGAUAUUUGCGAUGGAAUCAAAAACGGUUGCCCAUUUAAGAAAAAUCCCGAUAAAUUGGUCUGCGAAAUCAUCGAAAGACGACACGGAUUCUUGCCGAACAAUUCACACGUUGCUAAAAUUGUCAUCGAGGGAACUAUCAAGGGAAUCAAGUAUGGCAAUUGACCGGUUUAGGAUUUGAGAUCCACCCAGCAACGAUGUUUUUUUACUCAUUCAAAUAAUUUCAAAUAGAUCAGCUCAUUAUCCAAAUGUAAUUUCUUGAUUUGAAAAAUAAAAUUUUGUUUCAU